ACACACUCCACUUCCCCUUCUUUCUCCACACCACCCACCUCUCUCUCUCUCUCUAUAUGUAUAAACUCUCUCACUCUAAAACCAUGCCUGAAUACCCCAACGAAACCAACAACAAUGCCGCAGAGAACAACCGCAAAAAGCUCGAAUUCAUCAAUGACGUCACCAAAAACGCCGACGAGGUCCAGGCCCGUGUUCUCUCCGAGAUCCUGACCCAAAACGGCCGUGUUGAGUACCUCCGCCGCCACGGCCUCGACGGCCGCACCGACAGAACCACCUUUAAAACCACCCUCCCCGUCGUCUCCUACGAGGACAUCCUCCCCGACAUCACCCGCAUCGCCGCCGGCGACUCCUCGCCGAUCCUCUCCUCCGAACCCGUCUCCGAAUUCCUCACCAGCUCCGGGACCUCCGGCGGCGAAAGCAAGCUCAUGCCGACGAUCGAAUCGGACCUCCGCCGGCGGUCGGAGCUCUACAGCCUAUUAAUGCCGGUGAUGAGCCAAUUCGUCGCCGGCCUAGAUUCCGGCAAGGGGAUGUACUUCCUCUUCGUCAAAUCCGAGACCAAAACCCCCGGCGGCCACCCGGCCCGACCGGUGCUGACAAGCUAUUACAAAAGCCCGGUUUUCAAAAACCGGCCGUACGAUCCGUACACGGGUUACACGAGCCCUACCGAGGCGAUAUUAUGUCCGGAUUCGUACCAGAGCAUGUACGCGCAGAUGCUCUGCGGCUUGGCGGCGCGCCGCCGCGUCCUCCGAGUCGGCGCCGUCUUCGCCUCCGGAUUCAUCCGGGCCGUCCGAUUCUUACAAAAUCAGUGGCAAUUACUCUGCCACGACAUCCGAUCUGGCACCGUUAAUCCCCUCGUCUCCGAUCCGACGGUCAGGGACGCCGUGACGCGCGUCGCCGGCGGUCCCGACGCCGAGCUGGCGGCGGCGGUGGAGGCGGAGUGCCGGAAAGAGUCGUGGCAGGGAAUUAUCCGGCGGCUAUGGCCGAACACGAAGUACGUCGACGUAAUUGUGACGGGGACGAUGUCGCAGUACAUUCCGACGCUGGAUUAUUACAGCGACAAAUUGCCGCUUGUUUGUACGAUGUACGCUUCGUCGGAAUCUUAUUUCGGCGUCAAUCUGAACCCUCUCUGCGACCCCGCCGACGUCGCCUACACGCUUAUCCCCACCAUGGCGUAUUUUGAAUUUCUGCCGCUCCACCGCGGCGGCGCCGCCGCCGGUGAUUCCGACCACCGGGACCUCGUCGACUUAGUGGACGUCCAGCUCGGAGAGGACUACGAGCUCGUCGUCACCACCUACGCCGGGCUCUACCGGUACCGUGUCGGCGAUAUUCUUCGCGUCGCCGGAUUCAAGAACAACGCGCCCCAAUUCAAUUUCAUCUGUCGAAAGAACGUCGUCCUAAGCAUCGACUCCGACAAAACGGAUGAAGUCGAGCUCCACAACGCCGUCAAGGCCGCCGCCGCGCAUCUGGCGCCAUUCCACGCGCAUUUAACGGAGUACACGAGCUACGCCGACACGUCGACCGUUCCCGGCCACUACGUGCUCUACUGGGAGCUGAGCCAGGAGGGGCCGUCACCGCCGGUCCCGAUUCCUCCGUCAGUCUUCGAGGACUGUUGUCUGACAGUAGAAGAGUCCCUCGACACCGUGUACCGGCAAAACCGGACGGUCGAUUGGAUCGGGGCUUUAGAAAUCAGAGUUGUCGAAGUCGGGACUUUCGACAAGCUGAUGGACUACGCCAUUAGCCUCGGGGCGUCUAUUAAUCAGUACAAGACGCCCCGGUGCGUCAAAUUUGCGCCGAUAGUCGAGCUAAUGGAAUCGAAAGUGGUGUCGAAAUAUAUUAGCCCGAAGUGUCCGAAAUCGACAACUCCGGGCCUCAAAGUAAUGGAGUGAAUUUCGAUCAAAAAAAUUGUUGUUAUGGUUAGGUCCUUAGCUUCUUCUUGUGUUUCUUGUAAUGUUUGAGUUUGAUUUAUUAACUUAGGAUUUGUUCGGUUGUGAUCUGAGUACUGUUGUGUUGUAUAAAAGCUACUAUUGGGAUGUUAGAGUAAAUUUUUUUAUU